CGCUACCUCUACAAAGAUGGCUACUCAGGGUAGACGGUUUGCUAGCGCGCAUGCGCCGAUGCGCAGGAAGUCAUCAGGGAAAGAUUCCGGAGCAGCGGGAGAAGUGGGAUAAGAGGCUGGAGCCGCGGCCGGACAGAGGUGUUAUGAACUGGUCGCGGUGAGAGAAUCCAGGAGAAAGACUACAUCCUGCCCAGGACAUAGGCCAGUGGUUCAAGAUGGCUCAUUUACAGAGAAAUCCGCGCCGUCUACUCGGCUGUGAGGGAAUAUCUGGCUUGAGUCUCCUCCAUUCAGCAGCAGGCAAGAAGCUGGGCAUGCUCAGUGCCAGUCUGUCACGUACAGUACGAAGUGAUGAAGGAGAAGAUGAUGAUGUAGAAGAAGUAACAGAAAUAUCAGACUCUGAAAAUACACCCGAACCACGUAAAGACACAGCAAAACAGAUUCUCUCUAGAGAUCACACGUCAAUGAUUCCUCAAGAAAAUAAGAGCCAUAAGAAGGUGGACCUGAUAGAGGAAAACAGUCCAUAUUCACUGAACAUACCCAAAAACUUUAUCUGUGAGCAUUGUUACGGAGCCUUCAGAAGCAGCUAUCAUCUUAAGAGACAUUUGUACAUCCACACAGGAGAGCGACCAUAUGAAUGUGACAUGUGCGACAUGAAGUUCAUUCAGAAAUAUCAUCUGGAUAGACACAAACGGGUUCACAGUGGAGAGAAGCCGUACCAGUGUGAGCGAUGCCAGCAGGCCUUUUCACGGACAGAUCGACUUCUGAAACAUAAGAGGAUGUGCCAGGGCUGCCACACCAAAAUUGCAGAGACAGAGUCUGGAAAAAGGGUACCCUCAUACUCGCCAAGUUUCGGUAUUCACAGAGACGUGUUCAGUAAUACAGGGGAGCGUCCGUUUGAAUGUGAUAUGUGCGACAUGAAGUUUGUUCAGAAAUAUCAUCUGGAUAGACACAAACGCGUUCACAGCGGAGAAAAGCCGUACCAGUGUGAGGGAUGCCAGCAGGCUUUCUCUAGGACAGACCGCCUUCUGAAACAUAAGAGGAUUUGUCAGGGGUACCACACGAAACCUACUGUAUUAAACCUUGCAUUGUGAAUUUCAGUGGAAUGUCAUGCCAUCGUUCCACUCUCAGGACUUACUAUAUCAGUACCGGUAAAUCGCAGAAAUAUUGAUGGAUUUGCCUCGAGACACAGGGCUGGUAACAGUAAGAGCCUACUGUCAUUUUGGUGUUUUUCUACUUGCAGACAUUUUUUAUACGAAAGAUAUAAACUGGUUAAACAAAUUUCAAUAGUGGAAUGAAUGGGACUCUUGUCUUUCUAAACUAGCAGGUCUCCAUCAGC